UAACUUUCUGGUAACGCUAUAGGAACACUUGAAAACGCGCAUUUAGAACGAACGAAUGCAGUGUUUUGUGAGCAGUUCUAAUCGUAAAUUGUAAAAAUGGUGCAUUUAAGUGUAUUAUAUAAAACAACAAGAUUGCAAAGGAUGCUUAUGCCCUUAAGUGCUCACAGCUCCAUUGUUGCCUGCAGCGCUGAUGCCUCCACAUUGCUAACGCAGCGACAUCGUCCACAUUCGCAGUUAAACCAAUGUAACAGUCAUGGCCCACUCGUACUCGCCGCUCCCACACAUUUUUCGUACACAACAACAACCACUUCACUCCUUCACACAAAUGCCACACGCUUCAAGUCCACCACAUCCACCAGCAACGUUGACAGCAUGGAGUCCAUAGACAAGUUCCGCGAGCGUGAAGAGCAAAGGGAGCGUGAAUAUGAAGAGAAAAAGUCAUCCGAAGAGGCGCAGACAGAGUAUGAGGCUAAAGCUGCAAAAAUAAACGCCAUACGCGCACAAAUACUUGAAGCUGCCCUGCCACAUGUACCCACGUUGGGUUGGACGCGUGAUGCCAUUGCAAAGGGCGCCGAGGAAGCUGGCUUCCCCAGCGUGGUGCAUGGCAUGUUCCCAGAUGGCGGCUAUGCGCUUGUUGCCUACUUUUAUGGCAAAUGCAAUGAUGAAGUUGUGCGCCGCUUACAGGAGGAGACACAAAACGGCAAGUUGGCCGUGGGCGAUCCAUUGGACUUUUUGGUGCGAGCCGUGCGCACUCGGCUAGAGAUGGUUCUCCCAUACAAGGCACAAUGGUCACAGGCAUUAGCGCUGAUAGCGUUGCCAAAGAAUGCCGCCAACUCGCUAGCUCAGGUUUUGACGCUGGUCGAUGAUAUUUGCUAUUAUGCCGGCGAUCGGUCCGUAGAUUUUGGCUGGUACACACGUCGCAUUGGUUUAGCUACAAUUAUGAAGAUGACAGAACUGUUUAUGCUGCAGGACAGCUCAGCAGAUCACGCAGACACUUGGGAGUUCCUAAGAAAUCGAAUGGACGAGGCGGUACAAAUACAAUCAAUACUCUCCGAAACUGAGGGAAUGACUCAUAGCUUUACACGUUCGUUUAAUUCAGCUUUUAUAACGGCUCGCAAUAUAUUGGGCGUCGAUUACAGGCGUAGGUAAAGCUCGGAUCCGACAUCGAUUAUUCCAAAUCUAUAGGUUGACAACAUAACGGAGGUUCAAUGUAGGCAUAGCACAUGGAAAUAGUCAUAUAAUUUAGCUGUUAAAAAAUUUGUUUAUUCAUCAUUUUUGUUAUUAACAUCAAAGUCAUAAAACCAGUGAUAAACUGUUUUCUUCAUUAAUGUGAAAAGAAUUUUCUAAAUUACUUAGCGUUUAAGUAUCAAACAUACGAUAUAAUAUUAUUUAGCUUUUCGCUAAUGCGUUGAUACCAAAUUACUUGUAGUUAUGUACAUAUACAUAGGAAUUUAUUAUUAAUUAGGGUUUUAGUUUUUUUUUAAGUGAUUGUAUGAUUGUUUCGAUGUGUGCAUUGCCGUAAAUUUCGUGAAAUCGCACUCUUUGCCAUAUGUUUAUUUUACGUUCACUGCAACAACGAUGUUCACACUUGCACCAAUCAAGCAACACUACAAUAUACAACUUUACCCACCUGACAAUGUGUAAAUUAAACGCCUCAGAAGCUAAAAUGCACAACGCUUAUUGUUCACAUAUUAUUUCGAAAUUCAGAAUUAUCAAGCCAGUACUGGCACUCAGGAAGAAUGAAAGAAACUUGAAGCGACUAUGAGGAGCUUAAGUCUUCAAUAUUCAAAGAUUAUGUCGUUAGAUAAAACAAUGAAAAGAUGUGAAUACUGAUUAAAAAUGAUUAUUUAAUUUAUAAAGGGUGUUUUUUUUUAUGAGAUAUUUAAAAAUACUCGCAGAUAAUACUACUAAAGAUUGGAACUGGAUCAACACAAACAGGCAUUACAUUUAAAUUUACAAAUAUUUAUUUUCCAAAUUUCUGUCUAUUCAAUUCGAAUCCUUUUUUAAUGGUGUUUUGUUAUUACUUUUACAAAAUAAAAUAAUUUACAGCAGAAGAAAAAAAUAU